CCAGGCAGAGCCCCCUCGAUGCCACUGGACAGACCACUCCGCAGCCCGACGCCGUCGUCACCUGCGAAUCCCAUGGAUGCUGCCCCGGGGAACCUCCUGCUUGGCGCGACGUCUGAGUGUCGGUGCGGCUAAGGGCCUGCAGCAGCAGUUGAACCAAGCUGCAGAGGCUGGGCAAUGUGUCCGAGCAGAGGAGCUUUUUCGGCAGAUCCCAACGAAAGAACGGCUGCAGUGGAAUACCCUGAUGAAGGCCCAUGCCAACGCCGGAGACUUGUUGGGCGCCGAGCGAGUCUACGAGGGGAUGCGCGCCGAGGGCGUGAGGCCCAAUGGGAAGACCUUCGGAAAGCUCAUGGAGGCUGCUGCCAAGGCAGGUGAUGUCGCUGCAGCCCGGCGUUGGCUGUCGGAGGGGAGGGCGCUGGAGAGCGCCCAUGGCUUUGGCACCUUCGAGUACAGCAUCCUCAUGGAUGCUUGUGCCAAAGCGGCUGAGCCUGACCUGGCUGAAGAGGUGCUGCAGGAGCUGUGUGAGCUCCAAGUGGUGCCUGACGUCAUGUGUUACACGGCGCUGAUUGACAGCUGCGCCAAAGCCGCGCAACCGCACCGCGCCACGCGCUGGCUGAACGAGAUGAUCGGAGCGCAGCUGGUGCCCAAUGCACGGUCCUUUACCGCCAUCAUGGAUGGCCACGCGAAAGCAGGUGAUGCCGCCGCUGUGCUAGCCUGGCACCGCCGGAGCCAAGAGGCUGGCGUGCCACUGGACCGUAUUUCCUCCACCACACUCUUAGACGCACAGGCGCGUUUGGGGGACGCCGAGGGUGCCAUGGAGACGAUGCGAGAGAUCGAGAAGGCGGGAUCUCCCAUUUCUUUGGACGUGGUCUCUUACAGCGCGGUCUUGGACGCCAAGCUGAGGGGCCGCGGCUCGCUGCGCUCGGCCCAGGACUGGUUCCACAAGAUGGUGGACGACCAGAUUGCGCCGACCCUGGUGACCUACAACCUCAUGUUGAACGGUUUCGCCACCCGAGGACGUUUGGAGAAGGCCGCGGAAUGGUUUGAAAAGAUGCUGACCUCCCAGAUUUCGCCCGAUGUGAUUUCAUGCAAUGCGCUCCUGCACAGCUGUGCGAAGGCGCGUCCAACACCGCGUCCCGGCGAGGCGGAGCGUUGGCUGCAUCGCAUGGACACGCUGCAGCUGGCACCCGACGAGAUCUCGUAUACCAACGUGAUCGACAGCUUCUCCCGCAACAAUGAUCCUACUGGAGCGGAAAGGUACUUGCAGAAGAUGGUGGAGGAGAAGCUCCAACCUGAUGAGAUCACCUACACUUCGGUGCUAAGCUCCUUCGCCCGAGCGGCCAACUCGCAGAAGGCACAAGAGCUCUUGGACACCAUGCGAAACCAAGCACUGGCACCAGACGUGGUGGCCUUCACAGCCCUGGCCAAUGCCUUUGCGAAGCGUGGUGACCUCGACGGCAUCCGGCAAAUCUUCGGUCAGUUGGCCACCGCUUCGCUCCAGCCCAACCUCCUCACGUGGACCGCGGCGCUGAGCGCUUGUCGGGGUCCACCCCGGCGGCCACGUGAAGCCGAAGCAGCAGUGCGAGGGCUACUGCAGCAAGGGUUGCAGCCAGACGAUCGUUUUCUCAAGAAGCUGGAACAGGUGCUGGGAGCAGCGCGUGCGAAUGAGCUGGCACAGAGCUUCCAGCUGAGGGAUGUAGAGUGCAGCCAGAGGCUUUGGCGUGACGAUCACAUGAAUCUCAUAGUCAUCCUGGUCAGUCAGUGGGCUCCUUACAACAGUAUGGCUCCUUUGGCACUGGAGCCUGCGGAGGCACCCAUUGAUGUGGGCGCUGAACGUGUGGCGGAGGUCACGGUGCUCCGGGGACGCUUGCAGCAGAUGGAACGGGAGAACACGCGCCUCGCAAACGACGACAAAGGUGCACCGCAGAAUGUGGCCUCCAGCCAGAAGCAGAAGAACAUGGAAUUGGAACGUGCCAACGAGCAGUUGCAGUAUCUUCGCCAAGAUCUGCUCAGUUCCGAAGAUGAGCGCAAGCGCUUGAAAUUGACCCUGCAGUCUCAAGAGCAGGACUGCGAUUCGGUAAACACGGGUAUGGGCUCCAGUUCUGGCCUCCACCUCACAUGGCAGACAAGUCAACUUCAGUGCAGGCUGAAGAGUGCCAAGACUGAGAUGAGGCCGUGUCCGGAGGUGGACGACGCAGGUCAGUUGUUACUCCAAGAGCUCGCAAAGUGGGAGGCAUUGUCGCCCAACUUGAACCAUGAUUGGUAUGAGCUGCGGGCCGCGCGGCCGCACGGGCUUUCAGCGGCGGCCUCCAUCGCCGCCUUCCCUGCCGGUGCCCGCCCUGCGGCCCGCGCGGCGGCGUGCGCGGCGACGCACGCCCUGCGCCGUGUCGCCGAGUGCAGCCCUGCGCGGCGGCAGGGGGCACGCGUGGUCUCGGGGCUUCUGGACGAGAGGCUCAAAACCGUCCAGGCCGAUCUCAUUUUCGCCCGGCACAAGCCCAAGGGCGCCCGGAAGAUUGACUAUGACCUCUUUCUUCAGGCGUUGGCGGAAGUUGCCUUGAAGAAAGAUUUGCUCCUCGAAGAGGCCAUGGAUCGGGUGUGCCUGGCGCACGGCGACGAGGAGUCGCAGAUGGCCUUCGAGGACAUGGCUGGGCCGGAACGCUUCUUCUACGACAAGACCACCUACACAGGGAUCCACAAGUGCAGCGGCACAUCUCAACAGCUGGCGAACAGGCGCCGGCACGAGCCCCCAGAGAGUUGGGCCUCGCGCGAGGAUUACGACCUGCCGAAGAGUGGCCCUGAGCGCUUCUACUACGACCGCUCCACCUACACAGGCACACACAAGAACAAUGGCCCCAGCGCGGCUGGUAGUGGUGUCGGCAAGGAGGGCUAUAGUGACCUCAGCGUACUAGUGCGCCGCGAUGUGGUCCAGGAUGACGUCCUGCAGCGGCGGCGCCGGAGUAAGACCACGAGCUCUCCCACGGGUAGCGGGACUCUUCCCACUUUGUUGGGAGGGCAGCAGCCGAGCUUCAACCAGGACAAGGUGGAUGUUCCGCCUCAGCCGGAGAAGAGCCGCCCGGAGCCGCGCUUGGACGAGCCGCCUCGGAACAAGGUUCAAGCAACCAUGGCACCUUCAGCACCGAUGAGUGCAUCCUAUGUGAAGGACCCCACUCCCAGCUACACCACGCAGUCUUCGCCCGGCUUCGGUCCACCCGCCUACGUGCCGCCGGUCCUUACGCAACAGCCUCGGCCGGGCAUGGGCCCGAGCGGUGUGGUGGGCGCCGUGGGCAUCGCGGCGCCGGCGCCCACGAUGGCGCCAGCACCGAUGCGAAGCUAUGGGUAUCCUGCCCCAAUGAUGCAAAGAUGGAUCGCGCCACAAGCGCCCUACAAAGCCUUUUGA